CCAUUAUCUAUAUACUUCUCCAAUGGCGGCUGCUGAUCCCUCACCGGAAUUCAUAUUCCGGUCAAAGCUCCCGGACCUCACCAUCCCCAACCACCUCCCCUUGCACACAUAUUGCUUCGAAAGAAUCUCCGAAUUCAAACACAAUCCAUGUCUAAUCAAUGCCGCCACCGGUGACAUUUACACUUACGGUGAAGUCCACGUAACAGCUCGCCGAGUAGCCGCCGGCCUUCAUAAGCUCGGCAUCGGAAAAGGGGACGUCAUCAUGCUCCUUCUCCAAAACACUCCACAAUUCGCUUUCGCUUUCCUCGGCGCUUCCUUUGCGUGCGCCAUAGCCACCAUGGCGAACCCGUUCUUCACGCCAGCGGAGAUUGCGAAGCAAGCGGCGUCGUCUGGCGCCAAGCUGAUCAUAACCCAAGCCGCGUUUGCGGAAAAAGUGAAAAAUUUGCCUCAGGAAAACCAGGGGAUUUUGAAAGUGAUAUUCAUCGACUCUCCACCGGAGGGUGGAUGUCAUUUUUCGUCGUUGACUGAUGAAGCAAAAGAGGAGGAAUUGACGGAUGUGAAAUUCAGCCCGGACGACGUCGUUGCGUUGCCAUAUUCGUCUGGCACAACAGGCCUCCCAAAAGGAGUUAUGCUGACUCAUAAGGGAUUGGUGACCAGCGUGGCUCAACAAGUGGACGGCGAAAAUCCACACUUCCAUAUCCGAAGUAACGACGUCGUUCUGUGUGUGCUUCCUUUGUUUCACAUCUACUCGUUGAGUUCGAUCGUGAUGUCGUCGUUGCGAGUGGGAGCCGCGAUUUUGCUCGUCCAGAAAUUCGACAUUAAUUCCCUUGUGGCAUUGGUUCCCAAAUAUAGGGUCACCAUUGCUACCGUUGUACCUCCUAUUGUACUCGCAAUGGUCAAGAGUCCGGUUGUAGACUGUUCCGACAUGUCAUCCAUACGGAUCGUGUUGUCGGGAGCCGCACCGCUGGGGAAGAACCUUGAAGAUGCCUUUAGAGCCAAGUUUCCCCAUGCCAUUCUCGGCCAAGGAUACGGAAUGACUGAGUCAGGAUCAGUGUUGACAAUGUCAUUGGCACUUGCAAAGGAGAGAUUCGCAAUCAAGUCGGGAGCUUGUGGGACAUUAAUGAGAAAUGCAGAAAUGAAGAUUGUAAACCCGGAAACUGGAGUUUCUCUUUCAAGAAAUCAACCCGGAGAGAUUUAUGUUAGAAGUCCUCAAAUGAUGAAAGGGUACCUCAACGACGAAGAGGCCACGAAGGGCAUAAUCGACGGAGACGGAUGGCUGCACACCGGCGACAUAGGUUUAGUUGACGACGACGAUGAGGUCUUCAUCGUCGAUCGUCUCAAGGAACUGAUCAAAUACAAAGGCUUCCAGGUAGCGCCGGCGGAGUUGGAAGGCCUGCUCAUUUCCAACGUCCACAUUGUCGACGUUGCGGUUAUACCUAUGAAAGAUGAAGUAGCUGGAGAGGCUCCUGUUGCGUUCAUUGUCCGGUCAGACGGUUCCAACAUCACCGAGGAUGAAAUUAAGGAAUACAUCUCCAAACAGGUACAAGAUCAAACAGAUUUCAGUAACUCAGUUAGUGUACUGUGGAAGGGAAUUAGUGUCCAUUGCAGGCUGCAGACCAAACUGACGAGGAGUUAAACACAGCGGUCUCUGAUUUAAAGACAUCACCGCAGACACCGCCAAAGCUGCGAGAUUAUGAUCCCCCAAUCAUCGUCUUAAAGCACAUUUGUUUAUUUAUGGUUGUCGUUGAUGGAUCAAAUUAUUAAAUUAACAGUCUGAAAUAACAGAAUUGACUUAAUUGCGUCAAGCAUUCAUAAGUUUAGAGAAUUUGAGUAAAACCCAUGUGCUUGGUUCAGUUUUUUAUUGAGAAAUCAUUGAUAUGGAUGAAAUGCUUUGAAAGUUUAGAGAGAGAAGUCAUGGAGAUGUGAAGUAGAAAGGUGAAAAGAUUAGCAGCCAUUGGUGGCUAAGUUAUCUUGUCUGGUA